AUGGCGGACGAGUACGACAACGAUUUGGAGGAGAAGUUCAAGAUCCGCACUCCCAAAGUACCCAAGAGCGGUAAGGGUCCGCGCGAAGGAAGAGGAGGAGGCGGUGGAGGUGCUGGUCCUGGGAGGGAUGUCCAGAUCUCCAAGGCGCUGUCGACGCUGUUGAGACACCAGGCGCAGUCCGCGGGGGUGGAGCUGAAUAGCGAGGGGUUUGCGAGGUUGGAUAAAGUGCUCUUAUGGCCACGCAUCCGCUCCCUCCAGCCAACAUUCGCAGACAUCCAGCGUGAGGUGCAAACCAACGCUAAGCAGCGCUUCAGCAUGAAGCUCAACCCCGCCACCACCACCACAGAUUCAACCGAGCCGGCCGACUGGCUCAUCCGCGCCAACCAGGGUCACAGCAUCGAGCUGUCCAGCGAGGGCAUUCACACGCCCAUUACCCUUGACGCAGGCAAUAUCCCCGAUGUCGUCGUCCACGGCACAUACUUUGCUUUUUGGCCACAGAUUAUAGAAGGCGGCGGGCUAAAGAAGAUGGGUCGGACGCACGUCCAUUUUGGCACUGGGUUUCCCGAGGACGGAGCUAAAGUCGCAUCCGAGCAGGGUCAAGGCAGGCCCAAGGUCGUGAGCGGGAUGCGGAGCGAUGCCGAAGUGCUAGUGUUUGUCGACGUGGAGAAGAGUCUAAAAGAGGGCGACAUGAGCUGGUGGCUCAGCUCCAACAAGGUCGUUCUCACCGCGGGAAACGCGGAUGGCGUGGUGCCGACUAAGUAUUUUAAGGAGGUCAGGGGACGGAAACAGGGGGUGGGAGAGCUGUGGAGGGAUGGGGAGAAGGUGGCUGAUCUGCCCGAGGGGGUGAUUGCGAGGGUGCCGCAAGGGAAGAACACACGAGGCGUCGGUGGUGGUCGUCGCGGGGGUGGCCUAGGGGGGAAGAGAGGGGGGAGGAGAGGGGGGAGGAGAGGGGGGAGAGAGUCAUGAAGUUCACAGGGGCGGCUUGUGAUAGCUGGGGUUUGAUGGCUACAUAUCAGAUCGAUCGUUAUUCUCUUGAGAGAAGCCAUCAAGCCAUGAAGUACGAAACUUUUCCUUAUCACAGAUCGCCAAAAAGCCGGAAUGAGUAUGCAGAAAUGCCUCGUUAUAGACAAGCAUGGUCCAUUUGGUCGUAUGUUGCCCAUGACGGAUCUGACCCUAGAAGGCGACCAACGCAGUGUCAAGUGUAAUACAACUACUGGCUCGUUCACAAUUGACCUCACAUCCACGCC